UUGCAUUUGUAGUUUGCAUUUCCUUUUCAAGACUGAAGUUAAUGUAAACGGAUGCAGUUUUUUCCCUCUCCCUUUAGAAUGUGCUGGAGUAUCAAAGAGUAAUUGUUAUGCAGUGUGAGGGACUUGAUUUCCAACAGGGAGUGGUCUGAAGAGGAGCAGACUGACCAGAAUAAACUAUAAAAGCAUUGAUUGCUGGAAUUCUGAAGGCUGGAGACGGAGCAGAGAACACGCAGCUCUCAUCAUGAACUUCCAGGGCAUAUUUUGUCGUCUCUGUUUCUUUCACACUGCUCUGAGCCUGCAGCAUAUGAGGUGGUGCACUGUCUCUGAACAAGAACAGACCAAGUGUAAUGACAUGAGUGCAGCCUUCACUGAUGCCAACAUCUUUCCCAACGUAUUGUGUGUUAAUGGCGGCUCAGCCAUUAACUGCAUCCAUAUGAUCAAGAACAAUUUGGCAGAUGCAGUGACAUUGGAUGGUGGCACCAUUUAUCAAGCUGGAAAGGAACAUAAUCUGAAACCUGUGGUUGGAGAAGUAUAUGAUCAAGAAAUUGGCACUUCAUACUAUGCAGUGGCUGUUGUCAGAAAAAAAUCCUUCAUUAGCAUCAACAGUUUGAAGGGUGUAAGGUCAUGCCACACAGGCAUCAACAGAACAGUUGGCUGGAAUGUUCCUGUUGGCUACCUCAUUGAUAGUGGUCGCAUGUCAGUGAUGGGAUGCAAUGUUCCAAAAGCUGUUAGUGAAUAUUUCAGUGCAAGCUGUGUUCCUGGAGCCAAUAAUGUAAAUUACCCAAAAUCCCUCUGUCAGCUCUGUAAAGGGGAUGCAUCUGGGCAGAACAAAUGUGAAAGAAAUUCAAAAGAGCAAUAUUAUGACUACAGCGGGGCUUUCAGGUGUUUGGCUGAAGGAGCUGGAGAUGUCGCCUUCGUGAAGCACAGCACAGUGUCUGAAAACACAGAUGGCCAGACUCCUUCCUCAUGGGCCCAAGAGCUUCACUCCAGGGACUUCCAACUUCUCUGCCGCGAUGGCAGCACAGCUGAGGUUACAGACUGGAGGAAAUGCCACCUGGCCCGAGUCCCAGCUCAUGCUGUUGUUGUCAGACCUGACACCGAUGGGUCACUCAUCUUCCAGAUGCUUAAGCAGGGGCAGCAAAGAUUUCAGAUGUUUGAUUCUGCUGCUUACAAUGCAAAGAAUCUUCUCUUCAAAGACACCACCACAGAAUUGGUUCAAAUCACAAAUCAGAACUACCAGGCUUGGCUGGGUGACGAAUAUAUGCAUGCCAUGCAAGGCUUGAGCUGCGAUCUCAGCAGGUUACCAGAAAGCCUGCGAUGGUGCGUUGUGCUCACUGAGGAGAUCUGGAAAUGUAGUGAAAUGGCUGUUGCCUUUAAAGAAAAGAACUUGAAACCAGAGAUCCAGUGUGUUUCAGCCAAGACAACAGAACAGUGUAUGGAAAUGAUCCAGAAAAAAGAAAGUGAUGCUGUAAGUGUGGAUGGAGUUGAUAUUUACAUAGCUGGAAAGAUGUAUGGCCUAGUGCCAGCUGCUGGGGAAAGUUACUCUGCUGAUGACAACAGCAACAUGUACUAUGCUGUGGCAUUAGUGAAACGGAACACCUCCAAUGCUUUCACCAUCAAUGAUCUGAAAGGGAAAAAGUCCUGCCACACAGGAUAUGGGAGAAUGGCUGGAUGGAACAUCCCUAUUGGUGUUCUAAUUAAAAGGGGCUUUAUUAGGCUCACAGACUGCAAUAUUCCUCAAGCUGUGAGUGACUUUUUCUCUGCUAGCUGUGUGCCUGCAGCCAAGAUGGACAAUUACCCAUCAAAACUCUGUGAGCUUUGCAUCGGAGAUAACAGUGGAAACAAUAAAUGUGAUGCAAGUACCCAGGAACGUUAUUAUAGCUACAGUGGAGCCUUCAGGUGUCUGGUGGAGGAUUCUGGUGAUGUGGCCUUUGUCAAGCACUCAACAGUUUUUGAGAACACUGAUGGUAACAAUGCUGAUUCCUGGGCUCUUCACUUGCAGUCCAGUGAUUUCCAGUUACUGUGUCCAAAUGGAGCCCGUGCUGAAAUCACUCAGUUUGCUCAGUGUCACUUGGCUCAGGUGCCUGCUCAGGUUGUCAUGGUCCACCCAGACACCAACAUUUUUGCUGUAUAUGGACUACUGGACAAAGCUCAGGAUUUCUUUGGAAAUGACAGCAAUGGAAAUGGAUUCAAAAUGUUUGAUUCCUCAGAUUUCCUAGGAACAGAUUUGAUCUUUAAAGAUUCCACCUUUAAGAUUGUACCAGUAGGAGAGAAAACAACCUAUGCAGAAUGGCUGGGGAGUGAAUACGUAGAUUCUCUUGAAGGGAUACAAUCACCACAGUGCUCUGGGGCAGCUGCAAUAUCCAUGAACAUCGUUGUGCUGCCAGCAGCUAGUGUCCUUCUGAUUAGAUUCUACUCGUGAUCAUUAGGCCAUUCCUUGGAUUAACAGAUAUUCAGCAUAAUAACCUGAAAUACUGGUAAAUAAUAAUAUAAAUAAGAUGAAAUAAAACAUGUAAAAUGAAUGAGAGACGCAUGUGAAGAGCAGGAGAAUUAUCCAGACCAUUCCCUGAUGCUCUAUAUAUCCAUAAAGAUAAUGGGAGAUCUGGGAGGGUGGGAGAAGGAUGCAGUUUGCAGCCUCAUCCUGGCUUCCUUCCCUUUGCUUCCCUGCCUCUCUUACCCUUUCCAUUUGUUUUACGGAUGCUGUUCCCAGCCAUGGCACUUUGAUACCAAAGGAAAUAGGCUCCAAAUACAAUCCUGUUGUUGCAUGUCCUGAAAAUAGACUCAGAUUUCUGAUACCCACAACUACGGAUAAUUUUUGGUCAUGUUUUUUUUUAAAAGGUGCCCUCAGAAUUUAAUUCAAACUUUUUCAAGUUGUACAUUUAACAUUUCCUGAUGGAAGAGAUUAAAGGCCUCUGGUAGCACUCUCCCAUUUGUCAUUCUCAUUGUCACAGAGGAGUACCUGAAGUGGGCAUAAUUUCUGUAUAUGGCCUUGAAUCACACACACCAUUUUUGUAUUGUUCUCUGAAGAACUAAAUUUCAGUUGAAAUACUUACGAAUAGGAGCUUCAUGGAUAAGCAUCUUCCUUUGUAAGGUUUCCUCUUCUCUUCUCACCAUCCCAUUACUUACUCUCUUCUUGUAGUGUAGUUCAGGAUAAAUUCAGCUUACCCACUUCUCAUUUGGGGAAUGUGAAGUUUUGAUUAGGUU